AUGCCAUUCGGGGAAGCCUUACAGCAAAUGCCACUCUACACGAAGUUUAUGAAGGACAUCCUUACCAAGAAGGGGAAGUAUAUUGAUAAUGAGAACAUUGUGGUAGGAGGCAACUGCAGUGCAGUAAACCAGAGGAAGCUACCUCAGAAGUUCAAGGACCCUGGGAGUGUGACUAUCCCCUGCACCAUAGGGAAGGAGUCGAUAGGAAAGGCCCUCAUUGACUUAGGGGCAAGUAUCAACCUGAUGCCCCUAUCAAUGUGCAGAAGAAUUGGUGAUCUGAAGAUAGACCCAAUCAGGAUGACGCUUCAGCUAGCAGACCACUCAGUCACAAGAUCGUAUGGGGUAGUAGAAGAUGUCCUAGCCAAAGUCCGCCACUUCACUUUUCUGAUGGACUUUGUCAUCAUGGAUAUCAAAGAAGACAUGGAGAUUCCUCUUUUCUUAGGCAAACCCUUCAUGCUGACUGCCAACUGUGUGGUUGAUACGGGGAACGGAAAUCUGGAGUUGAACAUUGACAAUUAG